AUGUCAGGUGUAAUGGGAGUCUUGGGCUCCUCGCGCCCGCCUAGAAAUGUGCAGCAAAUCACCAAAGCCGCCCAAGAGUAUGAAUAUGACGCUGGGGUUCCCCUUCGAUACUGGUUAAGAUCGUCCCAGGCAAUGCUGAAAGAGGCAGACGUGUAUAUGCGGGAAGGCGACGAAGAAACGUCAUAUUUGCUCCUUUUCCGACAUGCCCAUCUUAUCCUCUCUCAACUACCCGCACAUCCACAGGCACGAGACAAGACGAACAAACUACUUCUAAAGGACGCAGAAAAGGAAGUCAACAGAAAUCUCAAGAUCCUAGAUCUGCUUAGGCCUCAGAUCAAUGCGAGAUAUGAUCGUUAUGUCAAGCUUGCCAAGGAAAGAGAGGCAAGAAAAGCAGCCCAAACACAGCAAGGGUUCGCAGGUGACUCCUCGAGUCAAGUACAAGACUACAAGCAAAGGAGACAGCCGCUACAAGCACACGAAAAUCAAGAGCUUGCGGCGAGAAUCGCUCAGAAGGAGAUAUCGCGGAGAGCUGCAAAUCGACAAGCAGGAGUACCACCGAGCAGUGUAGGAGAUGAUAUUUCACGACGACUUCAGGAACUCCGCGCUCGAGUCGAAGGAAGCACGCAGCCCACAGCCCCGGACCCGGCGACGCCUUCACGGCCUUUGAAGGAUAGCAGCUCGCAUUAUCACUAUCCCUCUAUUCCCUCGCAUCACGCUCAGCUGGUGCUCAGCCCUCCAUUACCGCACGGUUCUCGACCCGACUUCCAGAGAGACAUACCUCCCCUGGUCCCUCCAAAACCCACAAACGACUCCGCCGCACCUCCACCACGUCCAGACAAGGUCUCGACGCAAGUGGGAUUGCCUGCUCGAUCAGCAACACCCGAACCGGUCCACACGUUUGCUCCGGCAGCAUACCUGGAAAAUGGAACACCGUUACGCACGAUCUUUUUACCGCCAACGUUGCGGACAACCUUCUUGAGGCUUGCUCACAAAAAUACAUUGACGAAUCUGGAAACAUGCGGAUUUCUAGCAGGCACGCUUACGGCGAACGCUUUCUUCAUCAGCAGGCUGAUCGUACCUUCACAGACAGCCACAUCCGACACGUGUGAGAUGACGAAUGAAUCACAGCUUUUCGACUAUGUGGAUUCGGAAGACCUCAUGAUCCUGGGAUGGAUUCACACCCAUCCCAGUCAGACUUGCUUCAUGAGCAGUCGAGAUCUUCACACUCAUGCCGGGUACCAGAUGAUGUUGGCUGAAAGUGUGGCUGUUGUAUGUGCUCCGAGUAAAGGAGACACCUCACACGGCGGCGAUUGGGGCGUGUAUCGUUUGACGGACCCUCCGGGUAAGAAAACGAUUCUUAAUUGCAAUCAGCCCGGCAUUUUUCAUCCUCAUGAUGUUGAAAACAUCUACACCGACGCGCUCCGCCCGGGACACGUGGUGGAAGUCAAGGGUAUGGAGUUCGAGGUGGUGGACCUUCGAGACAGAUGACGACUUCAUAAAGAGACUUUUUUCGCGGUGAUGUCCCAAUCGGGCUUCGUGGUCUAAUACUUCGGAUCCUUACAAUGAUGUCUCACGGGAUGGCGUCGGGGACAUCGGACUGGAAGAAGUCUACAGCAGCAUAAGCACGGAGUGAGGACUCUGAGGACUCGGAGUAAGGGCCUGCUUCAACUAUUUGGCAAUCCAUGCUAUAAUAUU